AUGAAGGUCCUUGCCCCCCUCCUCCUAGCCAGCACGGCCACGGCCCACACCAUCUUCUCCUCCCUCGAAGUCGGUGGUGUCAACCAGGGCAUCGGCCAGGGCGUGCGCGUGCCCUCCUACAACGGGCCGAUUGAAGACGUCACCUCCAACUCGGUCGCCUGCAACGGCGCGCCCAACCCGACCACGGGCACCUCCAAAGUCAUCACCGUCCAGGCCGGCCAGGACGUCACCGCCAUCUGGCGUUACAUGCUCAGCACCACGGGCUCGGCCCCCAACGACGUCAUGGACAGCAGCCACAAAGGCCCCACGCUGGCGUACCUGAAGAAGGUCAGCGACGCGACCAGUGAUUCGGGCGUCGGUGGGGGGUGGUUCAAGAUCCAGGAGGAUGGGUUGAACAAUGGGGUUUGGGGUACUGAGAAGGUCAUUAACGGCCAGGGACGGCAUACCAUCCGUAUCCCGCAGUGCAUUGCGCCGGGCCAGUACCUGCUGCGUGCUGAGAUGAUUGCCCUGCACGGCGCGUCCAACUACCCAGGCGCGCAGUUCUACAUGGAGUGUGCCCAGAUCAAUGUCGUUGGAGGCACUGGCAGCAAGACCCCUUCCAACACCGUCAGCUUCCCUGGAGCGUACAAGGGUACCGACCCCGGAGUCAAGCUCAGCAUUUACUGGCCACCCGUCACCGACUACCAGAUUCCCGGGCCCAGCGUCUUCACCUGCUAA